UCGCGCAUCACCUGACCCGCUUGACAGCCCGCUGCUGGCGCCGAGUCAGCUGAUCUUGGAGUCGAGCUGUCCACCCGGCGAUCGGGGUUCUCCGAUCUCGCCUCCCCCGCCGCAGCCAUGUCGUUCUUCCCGGAGCUUUACUUCAACGUGGACAAUGGCUACUUGGAGGGACUGGUGCGCGGCCUGAAGGCCGGGGUGCUCAGCCAGGCGGACUACCUCAAUCUGGUGCAGUGCGAGACGCUCGAGGACCUGAAGCUGCACCUGCAGAGCACUGACUACGGCAACUUCCUGGCCAAUGAGGCCUCGCCGCUGACCGUGUCGGUUAUUGAUGACCGGCUUAAGGAGAAGAUGGUGGUGGAGUUCCGCCACAUGAGGAACCACGCCUAUGAGCCCCUCGCCAGCUUCCUGGACUUCAUUACUUACAGCUACAUGAUUGACAAUGUCAUCCUGCUCAUCACGGGCACGCUGCACCAGCGCUCUAUCGCCGAACUUGUACCCAAGUGCCACCCGCUAGGCAGCUUUGAGCAGAUGGAGGCUGUGAACAUUGCGCAGACACCUGCCGAGCUCUACAAUGCCAUUCUGGUGGACACGCCCCUGGCGGCCUUUUUCCAGGACUGCAUUUCAGAGCAGGACCUUGAUGAGAUGAACAUCGAGAUCAUCCGCAACACGCUCUACAAGGCCUACCUGGAGUCCUUCUACAAGUUCUGCACACUACUGGGCGGGACCACAGCCGAUGCCAUGUGCCCCAUCCUGGAGUUUGAAGCCGACCGACGAGCCUUCAUCAUCACCAUCAACUCGUUCGACACAGAGCUGUCCAAGGAGGACCGUGCCAAGCUCUUUCCGCACUGCGGGAGGCUCUACCCGGAGGGCCUGGCCCAGCUGGCUCGGGCUGAUGACUAUGAGCAGGUGAAGAGUGUGGCCGACUACUACCCGGAGUACAAGCUGCUCUUCGAGGGCGCAGGCAGCAACCCUGGAGACAAGACCCUGGAGGACCGAUUCUUCGAGCAUGAGGUGAAACUGAACAAGCUGGCCUUCCUGAACCAGUUCCACUUUGGUAUCUUCUACGCCUUUGUGAAGCUCAAGGAGCAAGAGUGUCGCAACAUUGUGUGGAUUGCCGAGUGCAUUGCCCAGCGCCACCGCGCCAAGAUCGACAACUACAUCCCCAUCUUCUAGUGCCCUGGCCCGAGGAUGCCCACAAGUGUGUGUCUGCGUGUGCUGUGACAGCCCAUGGUUCACAUGCCUGCCCUGGGGGGUAGCACGUUGUCUUAGUGACUUUCGGUUUCCCUGACCCUCUCCGAGAUGGCUCUUGGGCCUGAAAAGGGGCUGGGCACCUGCUCUCCCUACCAAGGAUGGACCAAUUCCCCCUCUCCCCUACCCCCGCCCCAAGGAGGCCCCCUCAGCCCUAUGUUUACAGCCACUGACAUGUCUGAGAAGCAUGUGGUCACUUCCCUGAGAACCCCUGGGGCAGCGUGAGCCUCCUCUUUCCUCUGUGGUUGGCCCAGGGGAAGGAUAGAGUACGUGUCCUUGAGGCAUAGCUCUGCAACCCUGUCCCUCAGCUCUGCCCCCUGAGACAAUAAACUGCCCUCUCUAAGCCUAA